GGUGCAGUACUGGGCUAUUUCCGUUCGGAGCAGGGAGGCAGGGGGCGUUGCCCUAGAGACAGGCGGAGUUCGAUGACACACUCUGGAACCGCCCCCUAAACGGCUGAAACCAACGCUAAUUGGAUGGACCAUCAGCUCCGCGCCAGGAGGGAGGGAUGUAAGAGUCUGACGGAGGCGGAACUUCAGGAAAAGAAGACCAAUGGGUGAGGAAAUCGCACUCCGCAAGGCUCUGGCGACUCGCCGGAAGCGUCAUACUUCCGCCCUCGAAGGGGCGGUUGUGGGGGGCGGGCAAAAAGGCGACGACCCGUAGAGAAGGAAGGAGAAAGAAGGCCUGUCAGUCAGCUGAGCUGCGAUAGGUGGAGCGAUGCCUGCAAUUCCCUGCUGCAGAGAGGGGCUGGGGUGGAGCCCCGGAUGUCCCACGAGCCGAUGCACUGGUGCCUGAACCUCAAGCGGUCCUCAGCCUGCACCAACGUGUCCUUGCUCAACCUGGCUGCCAUGGAGCCCGACUCCUCCGGUACAGACUCGACCACAGAGGACAGUGGUCCACUGGCACUGCCAGGGCCACCUGCUUCCCCUACAACACCCUGGGCUCCAGAGGACCCUGACAUCACAGAACUACUGAGUGGGGUCAACAGUGGAUUGGUACGUGCCAAAGACUCCAUCACCAGCUUGAAGGAAAAGACCACGCGGGUUAAUCAGCAUGUUCAGACACUGCAGAGCGAGUGCUCUGUGCUGAGUGAGAAUCUGGAAAGAAGGCGGCAGGAGGCAGAAGAGUUGGAGGGGUACUGCAGUCAAUUGAAGGAGAACUGCCGCAAGGUGACCCGUUCAGUGGAAGACGCUGAAAUCAAAACCAAUGUCCUGAAGCAGAACUCUGCCUUGUUGGAGGAGAAGCUAAGAUACCUCCAGCAGCAACUGCAGGAUGAGACGCCCCGGAGACAGGAGGCCGAGUUGCAGGAGCUGGAGCAAAAACUAGAGGCUGGCCUCUCCCGGCAUGGCCUAGGCCCUACUACUCCCAUUCAGGGCUGCUCCGGUCCUCCUGGUAGCCCGGAGGAACCCCCGCGGCCGCGAGGCCUGCCCUCCAAUGGCUGGGGCAUGGCAAUCCGCGCAGGGGAGGGACCCUCGCUGAGCGAGCAGGAGUUGCAGAAGGUCUCCAGCGGCCUAGAGGAGCUGAGGAGGGAGGUGUCCUCGCUGGCAGCUCGGUGGCAUCAGGAGGAGGGGGCGGUGCAGGAGGCCCUAAGGUUGCUGGGAGGCCUGGGCGGCCGUCUGGAUGGCUUUCUGGGCCAAUGGGAGCGGGCGCAGCGGGAACAAGCACAGUCCGCACGGGGUUUGCAGGAGCUGCGAGGACGAGCAGAUGAGCUGUGCACUAUGGUGGAGAGGUCAGCAGUGUCUGUCGCUUCACUGAGGAGCGAACUGGAGGCACUGGGCCCAGUAAAACCGAUUCUGGAGGAGCUGGGACGGCAACUUCAAAACUCCCGAAGGGGACCUGACCAUGUCUUGAACUUGGAUCGUCCUGCCCAAGGUCCCUGUCCUCGAUGUGCCAGCCAGGGGCAGCAGUUAUCCACGGAGUCCCUACAGCAGCUGCUGGAACGUGCGCUGACCCCACUGGUGGACGAAGUGAAGCAGAAGGGUCUGGCUCCUGCCUGCCCCAGUUGCCAGAGGCUACACAAGAAGAUUCUGGAGCUGGAGCGCCAGGCCUUGGCCAAACACGUCAGGGCAGAGGCCCUGAGCUCCACCCUUCGGCUGGCCCAAGACGAAGCCGUUCGGGCCAAGAACCUACUGCUGACGGACAAGAUGAAGCCGGAGGAGAAGGUGGCCACUUUGGACUAUAUGCAUUUGAAGAUGUGUUCCCUCCACGACCAACUCAGCCACCUGCCACUUGAGGGGUCCACAGGGGCAAUGGGGGGAGGAAGCACUGGAGGGGCUCCCCCUAAACGUGGGGGUCCAGGCUCUGAACAAUAAAUGGCCUCUCAUGCUGGCAUGAA